UUCCAUUGUCCGCAGAGCAGGGUGUGUACAGCUGGGAGUCUGUGUGGGCUGGGUCGGGACGGCAGGGUGUGUUUUCUUUUUUCCUCAGCAUGCAGCAUCCUUUUUGAAGUAUGUGGUGACAUCGCUUCUUUUCGGAAAAGAUGCUGCGAGUUCAUCGGGAUGAUGAGAGCGGCCCACGUGGGGUGUGUCUGACCGCAGGACAUUAAAGCACCUGAACGGAGAAGGAGCAUCGCAGGACCCCGCCCGAGAAAAAUAGCUUUUUAAGCUUGGUGACGACACUUUUUUUUUUUUUUUGUUUUAUUAUUGACCAAAAUGCCUAAAGCCAAACAUUGCGAGGCGGUCAGGGUGGUGGUCCGCUGCCGGCCAUUCAGCAGGAGAGAGGAGACGGCGGACUGUGAAAACAUCAUGCACAUUGAUGACAGACUGGGGCAGAUCACCCUCAAGAAGCCGAAGGCACCACCUGAUGAGCCGAUGAAAGUGUUCACGUUUGAUUCCGUGUACGGCUGGGAUUCAAAACAGGGCGACAUCUACGAUGACGCCGUGAGACCCCUCGUGGACUCCGUCCUGCAGGGCUUCAACGGGACUAUAUUCGCGUACGGACAAACCGGGACAGGUAAAACACACACCAUGCAAGGGGUGUCAAACGACCCGGAGAUGAGAGGCGUUAUACCGAAUUCAUUUCAGCACAUUUUCACCCAAAUAUCCAGAACUCAGAAUCAGAAGUACCUGGUGAGGUCAUCGUACCUCGAGAUCUACCAGGAGGAGAUCAGAGACCUGCUGUGCAGAGAUAACAACAGGAAACUGGAGCUUAAAGAAAACCCUGACUUUGGUGUUUACGUGAAAGACCUGUCCUCAGUGGUCACAAAGAAUGCCACUGAGAUUGAACAUGUGAUGAACCUAGGCAACCAGUCCAGGUCAGUGGGGUUCACCAACAUGAAUGAACGCAGCUCUCGCUCUCAUGCCAUCUUUCUCAUCACCGUGGAGUGCAGCGAAGCAGGGCCAGACGGAGAGGACCACAUCCGCGUCGGGAAGCUGAACAUGGUCGACCUGGCCGGCAGCGAGCGCCAGAGCAAGUCGGGUGCAAAAGGGCUGAGGCUAAAGGAAGCAGCCAAAAUCAACCUGUCCCUCUCGGCACUGGGGAACGUGAUAUCCGCCCUGGUGGACGGGAAGAGCACCCACGUCCCGUACAGGGACUCCAAACUGACCCGCUUGCUCCAGGACUCACUGGGUGGCAACGCCAAGACGGUCAUGAUAGCAACAGUGGGGCCGUCGCACAAGAACUUUGAUGAAUCCCUGGCCACUCUGAGGUACGCCAACAGGGCCAAGAACAUAAAGAACAAACCUCGGAUCAACGAGGAUCCCAAAGACGCCCUGCUGAGGGAGUUCCAGGAGGAGAUCGCGCGCUUGAAAGCCCAGCUGGAGGAGCGAGGGAUGCUGGCAAAAGAGAGGAGGAGGAAGAGGAAUAGCAAGAGACUGAGCAAAAGCAUAGCCGACAUGGAGGAGGAGAUGUUCGGGGAGAGGGAUGCGGAGGUGUGGAAGGCUUUCGAGGAGGAACCAGAGGUGAGACGCCGUGUGAAAGAUGCAAGUGACUUCCCCAAGUCCAUGACGUGCCAGAGGAGCGGUGAGAGGCUGAAGCACCUGAACGAAAACAGGAAGAGUUUGGUGGACAUGCAGUGGGAUCAAGACGCUUUGGAGAAGAUCAUUGAGAAAUAUAAGGCUAUGGAGAGCAAACUGUUAGUGGGAGGGAAGACUAUAAUUGAUCACACAAAUGAACAGCAGAAAACACUGGAGCUAAAGAGGCAAGAAAUAGCAGAACAGAUAAGAGGAGAGAGAGAGCUGCAGCAGCAGAUGAUGCUGCAGGAUGAGGAGACCUUAGAAAUGAGAGAGACAUUCUCCUCCCUGCAGCAGGAGGUGGACCACAAGACAAAAAAGCUGAAGAGGCUGUAUGCCAAACUGCAGUUGGUGAAGGCCGAGGUGAGAGAUGUCUUUGAUGAACACAUCAUCACCAGACAGGAGCUCGAACAGACGCAGACCGAACUCACCAGAGAACUCAAGUACAAAUAUCUCCUGAUUGAGAACUUUAUACCUCCAGAGGAAAAGAACAAGAUCAUGAACAGGCUGCACUUUGACAGUGAGGAGGAUCAGUGGAGACUCCAGCCGGUCAUUCCAUCGGAGAGUGUACCCACUCAGUUCAAGAGAAGGCCUCUCUCUGCUGUGGGAUACAAGAGGCCAAUCAGCCAAUAUGCACAGAUGGCUGUUUCCACCGCAACUGGGGCCCCAUGUAGAUACCAGGCUGAGAACAUAAUGCUGUUGGAGUUAGACAUGUCUCCACCGACCAUGUUCGCCUUGAACCUGAAUGGCGCUCACCUGGAGAGAGUCUUCUCUCCCAGGCUGAUGCGGGACCUUCUGGUAACUGUUCCCAUUAGAGAGAGGAGCGCUGCAUCGUCACGGAUCAGGAAGUCCCAAUCCUGGUUUCAGGCACCACAAGCAGCAUCCAUCCCGUCAUCCUCCUCGUCCACCACUCUGACAUCAGGAUCUCAUCAGAGCUUCUCUUCUCCUUCUCGGAGACAAAGACCAUCCUCUGCUGCCUAUCUUCCGCUGGAAAGUCCAGAUCAGACAAGCCCCUGAUGUGGCAACUGUGUACAGGGCUGACCUUAGUUCAAGGUUGUGCAAAGGAGUAAUGGGGGGGGGGGGGUCUUCUGCCUUGAUUUCACAACUUUUUUCUUGAGAAAGAAUUACUUUAGUAAGCAUGCAUUCAAGUUAACCAAGAACAAAAGAUAUACAGUUGCCUAAAAACCAUCAAGUGUCUCUCAGUCUCCAUCAUUAGCACAGCCGAAAUGUUAUCAUUUGAAACCAGAGAUAUAUUAAAUUAUUUUAACAGUUUUUUAAUUUUCAAUUUGAUAACAUUUUCAUUUACAUUGUAUUGAAAUGUAUCUGGUCAAAAAAACUGGAAGGUGGUAACUGAGGGCCCCAACCACUGGGGGGCCACCCUGGUCUUUAUCCUGUAUGCUUGAUGCAUUGUUGCUUCGGUUUCUUGGCAAUGUAAUUGUGAGCCAAACAAUGUGAAGAAAGCCUGCAAUGCUCUCUUGAUUAGCUGCCUUAUUGUUUUUUUCAUAGUUGUGUAAAUCGUGCAAAAAGCCCAUUUUGCUUAUAAAAUAAACACGGACGUGAUCUUGAA